AAACGAGAAACGAGGCGACGAGUGCGCGCUCUUGACGGCGACUGUACCCUUACCCUACGGGAUUAGGCACAGCCUGCAAUCAAUCAGCCGCGAGAGCGACCGGAUUUGUGUCGGAUUCAACGAAUAACGGGACCCGCAUGGUCGGCGAAGGGCAACUGGCAUCAUGUCAACAAUCGAAGAUCCUUUCGUUUCCAACUUGGAGGGAGCGGUUCCCCGCGAGUCGCAUCGGUACUCAUCCUUUGACACGCAGCUGUUCAGUCUCGAUGCGGCCUCACCAGCGCAGGCCAAACGAGCCCUCGAGGCGCAUUUGGCAGAGACAGAGCGCAGGCUCGAGGAGGCCGGCAAACUCGGUACCGCUUUGAUCCAACAACAGAAGGAGCUCGAGGACAAGUUGAAGGAAGUUGAACAACAGCAGGAGGUUGGUCAGAUCGGACCGGAGCUGCGUCGGAAACUUGCGGACCUGGAGCGAGAAUACAAUGAAAUCGGGCGUGAAACGGCGCGCGCAUUCCUUGCGCCAAAACGCCUGGCUGGUGGUGACGAAAGCCAUUUUGGGACUCCGUACGAGCAGAAGUCCCCAAUUAGUCCUGCGCUGUUCGCCAGCCAAGCGACCAACUCCCCCAGCAAGGUCAGCGUGCCCUCGCGGAAACAACGCAAUCAACCUUCGAGCCGAGUCCAUGAUAUUGAAUUCGCUACGGAAAUCUCGACUUCUCUUUUGGCCCAAGUCCGUCAGUUACAAACUAUGCUUGCCGAGCGUGAGGAGGCUUUGAAGACUUUGAACCUGGAAAAGUCCCGACUCGAGUUGGAGGCAGAGGGAUACGCUCAGCGUAUCCGGGCCCUGGACGAAAGUGAAGAGCGAUACAAGGAUGAAAACUGGGCGCUGGAAACUCGGACCCACGAGCUUACGACCGCAGUCAAGGAGGCUGCUGAUCGCGAGGAUAGACUUAAUAGCAGCCUGAGCAUUCUGACCACUGAGAAAAGCACCAUGGACAGAGAGCUCGAGGACCUGAAACAGACCAAUGCGAAGCUUGUUGAGGAUCACACUGCGGCCCAGAAAGCGAAUGAUGCUGAGAUUCAUCUCCUGCGCAGAAAUCUCAACGCUGGAGAUGCGGAGAAGCUUGCUCUCCAGCAAAAGCUCGAGGAGCUGAACUCACAGAACCAGGAGCUUGCGAAAGCCGUGGCAAUGCGACUCCGACAGCACGAAACAGACUCCACCCGUGAAAUCUCUCGCGGCAGCGAUUCCGAUGACCAGGAUCAGUCCACGCCCGACAACUCUCCGCCUCCAUCUCCCAACAAGUUCACUCCUAGGCACAAUCAUCUUGAAACCGAGACAUUGCGGAGUUCGCUUGGCCAUGCUCACCGCAUGAUUCAAAACCUCAAGAGUACUAUCCAUCGCGAGAAGACAGAGAAGAUUGACUUGAAGCGUAUGCUGCAAGAUGCUCGCGAUGAGAUCGAACAGCGUCGUCGUGAAGCUGCCGCUCCGACCAACCCGUCCAACAAGCGGCAAAAGACCAAGACCGAGCCGGCCAGGAAAGCACCACGGCCAGACUUGUUGGGCGCCGGACGGAAGAAGGCUGAGAUCGAAAUCCACGAUUCUGUCCACGAUUCCGACUGGGAAGACAAUGCCACCGACGGUACCCCCCCUCACAAGGCUCCUGUCAGGUCGUCUAAGGGCCGGACAGGGGGGCAAUCGUCUGCGGAUCCUAGCGAUGCAUACCAGACUGCUACCGAGUUAGAUGAUGCUUUCGAGACCGCCAAUGAACGAGAGACGGCCACCGAAAGUGAUGCCUUCCAGACUGGUUUGGAAAGCAUGGCGGACGAUAGCACCGAUUCCGAUGAGCUCACAGAGACCGAAGACCCAUUGCAGAGAACCCCCCGCGGGAGCGGACGAGUUUCCUCCUUCACAAUGGCUAAGACCCGUGACAGGAUCUCCUACCAGAGCUCAGCUUCCACGUCAGGUGACGAAGAAAUGGAGGAAGACGACGAUCUCCCCUCACCGAGCCAGGUGUCUACACCUAGAUACAGGUUGAGGCAGAAGCGGAGUGUCCUGAGAAAAAUUCGCCCCUCUGGAGAGGCCCCCAUGGCUUCCAGCAGUCGACCGUCCAGCGCACGGGAAUCCCCUGCGACAGGCUUCGAUCAGGGUCUGGGAUCCGGAGAGGGACAGAGUCUCUUUAUGGAACUUGCAGACCUUGAUGGUGAUGAAGACGAGGGUGAUUUUGGACCGCCGAUGCGAUACGACACCGCCUCUCAGUCGUCAACGCCGCGCUCAACGCCGCGCAUGCUCCCGACGCCUGACUCUAGGCGGCCCUCCGAGGCCAUGCUUGAUGCGCCUCGUAAGCCUGUUAUGGUUGAUUCCGGAGUGAUGACCGAACCCUGGAGCCCAGAAGCUGUCUCACCUGCUCCUGCUGUUGUGAGUGUCGAGGAAAUUCGUGAUGUGCCGACAACGCCAAAGGCAAAGAUGUCGGAUGCCAGUACUGCUACCGAGACAGAAAAGAUCCCCGAACUGGCUCAUGCAGCGACCCAAUGGGCCCCUCUGGAAGCAUCAGAAGAAGAGAUGAAUGGCUUGGUCGCGGAGGUUCAGCAGAAGGACCCUGUACAGCCCCUCGCUCCGAUGGAAAUGGCUGUCUCUUCCGUUUCUUUCCAGGAAACUGCACCCGUGGCCCCGAGACUACCUCAGUUGAGCACCUCGUAUUCCGUUGCAGUUGCAACUGAGCCUGUUAAAUGCCUCCCCCCUGGACCACCAGAAAUUACCUUGUCUUCGAUCUCCUCGCAGGGUACACAACCGGUCCUUGCGAAGCUCCCCGAGCCCAAGCCCGUGUAUGUGGCUGAUAUGGCCAUCUCCAGCAUCAACUUCCAGGAUACUUUGCCUGUCGUGCCAGCUCUUCCUGAGCCCAUUCCACCAGUCUCCUUGUCAGAGCACGGAACGAACACAGAGACCCCAGAUGUGGCUCUUUCGCUCAUCCUAUCACAGCAGACUGAACCCGUUGAAGCUGUUGUAGAGCGAAGGGAGCCAAUUCCCCAAGUUCUCGUGGAUGAAGUGGAAGCUACUGUGGAUCUUCCAGAGCUUUCUCUGUCUUCUAUUUUAUCUCAGGAGACGCAGCCCGUUGUCGCUAUCCUAGCGCAGGCCCCGGAACCUGAAAUUGCUGUGGAGCCGGUCGAAACCAAGGAAGAGCUCCCCGUGCCAGAGCUCUCAAUUUCUUCCAUUUCCUGUCAGCAAACAGAACCCGUUGAAGCUAUCCUGGAGAGAAGAGAGCCCACACCGGAAGUGACAGUUGAGCCUGUUCUUGCCGACCUGGCUAUCUCAUUCAUACCUCCUGAGUACAUUGAGCCCGUGUCGCCACAAGCGCGUGAAGUAUCGGCUCCUCGGAUGUCGCUGUCUAAUGUCAGCUCCGUGGAAACACUGCCUGAUGAAUACAGGCCCCGUACAGCCAUUAUUCCCGUGGUUCAACUUCCUGAUGAGAACACAGAACCAGCACCUGCUCCCAGCAGGAAGUUGGUAAAGAGCAACCCGGCGUCAGGAAUACCGUCUGUCGUGGUCGCAGAAGACACUUCGGAUGAAAGUGUGGCCAACGAUGUUGCCGACUCGAAGCAGGAUGUGUUGUCGCCGUUGGGCGCCAUUUCAGGAAAUGCUGUUCCUCGUAAGCAACAUUCAUCUGGCUGGACAGACCAAGGCGCGCAGACAAUUUUGUCGUCCAAGCAAAUCGAUCAGAUUCUAAUGGACCGCAUUACCUCCCGGCCAUUGUCUCCACCCGACAGUGACAAGGCAAAGGAUCAAAACACUUCGCCUUUCGCUACACCGAAGGCAAGAAGUCGCCCUAGUCAUCAGCCUUCCGUGACGUCUCUCCCAUCCCAGCAGCGGAGGCCUGGUAGUGCUGUUAGCCAAACAUCUAGCAUCCAAAGCCACCCCCCGUUGCCUGUAGACCACAGGGAAGCCAUUAUGGCAGCCGAGAAGAGGUCACUGGACCAACGUCCGUCCUCCCCAAGUCUGAUGGGUCCCCCACUUGCCCCAGCUUCUGCGUUGAGAGCGACCUCUGCUCAGCGUCCACGGACCCCCAACGAAAACGGUCUGAUGAUUGGACCUGCUACGACGACAACUUCACGGGGCAGGGUAAGGCGCGAGGGCAGCCACGUGUCUCGCAGAUCGUCUGUGUCAUCAUUUGCUUCUGAAGUCGAGGAACGGUUCAAUAUGCAUCCCAACCCUGCGCUUGGCCCUCAUGGCCACCCCGCCGGUACGGACCCGCGCAUGAUCCAAGCGAUCACGCAGACGAUGAUUGGAGAAUUCCUCUGGAAAUACACACGCAAGACGGUGACCGGAGAAAUAUCCAGCUCCAGGCAUCGUCGUUACUUCUGGCUCCACCCGUAUACCCGUACUUUGUACUGGAGUGAACAGGAUCCGCAGAGCGCUGGCAAGAGCGAACUCCGGACGAAGAGCGUUGCGAUCGAGGCUGUCAGGGUCGUUCCAGAUGACAACCCGUACCCCCCUGGUCUUCAUUGCAAGAGUUUGGAGGUCGUCAGUCCUGGUCGCCGGAUCAGGUUCACUGCAACCACUAGCCAAAGACACGAGACUUGGUUCAAUGCGCUUUCGUAUCUGCUGCUGCGCAACUCCGAGAACGGCGAGGAGCAGGAGAGCAAUGCCUCGUUGGAGGACAUUGACGAGUUCAACCCCGGAUUCCGGACGCGUUCGCGCCAGACCUCCCGGCUGUCGUUCUCCUCUUCUCGGAGCCGGGCCAGUCGGAAUUGGCCCAAGCAGCGUGCGGGAUCCGCCAUGUCGGUCCGCCGCGCCGCGACGCCUGGCCGUGCCUCCCCAGCCCUCAGUACGCCAUCCAACUACUCGGACCAGCGGCACAGCUCUGCCUCCCGCUCUGCCUCCCGCCUCAGUACCAUCCUGAACACCACGAUCAAGGGGUCGUUUGGCCGCAAGGGUCCUAACUAUGCCUCCUCGAGUGUGCAUGAAGGAAGCGUUCAUACCCACGAUCAUGACAGCGAGGAGGACCUGCGCCAUAUUAUGGACAGAGACGACCGGCUGGAAAAUGUCCGAGCAUGCUGCGAUGGUAUGUCACAGAUUACGAUUUCGAUAAAAACUUUGCUAACAGGUUACAGGCAAGCACGACGUCGGCGCCCUGUCGAGGACCAGCCGCUAUAGUCCUCGCGUCAACCGAAUUCACUCUCACCACUGAAUCGCUCUGAUCCACUAAGCGAUUUGCCUGUCUGUUUUCUGGUGUUCACUUUUGCAUGAAUCUCUCUAUUUGCAUUCUAACUCCUACCAUCAUCCUUGCACCUGCCAUUGUCGUUGGUAUUUUUGAGGCGAAAUCAGCGUCUGGACCACCUAUGCUGCGAAAUUGCAUCCUGACGGGCACACUUCUCCCUUCCGCAUCUUUUUAUACUUACCUUUUAAUCCUGGGGCCAGGCCUCACCUGCCCCUCCUCCCCACUCCCGUGCCCCGAAUUGUUUGUCGUUCUUUUUGCGAGCCCUCAUGUCGCACAAACUGUUGGCCAUCUAAUUUCCUAUGUUGAUACUCAUCGCGA